AUGGAAGUCCACGUGCACCUGGCGAGUGGCCUCAGCUGCUCCGUGGCUUUGCCGCCGGAGGCUCGUGUUGGCGAGCUGGAGGCUGAGGCGCAAGGGCGCCUGGAGCGCGGCUGUCUGAGGCUCGCGUUUGGAGGUCAGAUGCUCGACUCAUCGUCCACUUUGAGUGAGGCGGGCUUGCAACAUGGCGACACUAUUGUUGCAAUUGCGCAGCAACCGGUGAAAGUAGCUUCCAACGCAGGUGCAUUCGCUUUGCAUAUCAUCGGAGGCAAAGCGCGCUCUUGGGGCAAUCCGGUAAUGGGAGGUGCCAGCAGACAGGUGCGAGAUCAGUUGGCGCAGGUCGAACAGAUCCAAGCAACUGAGUCCGCCUUUGCCGCCAUCCUAAACGACGGCUCCGUGGUGACUUGGGGUUCUCGUCGCUAUGGCGGCGACAGCAGCGUGGUUCGAGAACAGUUGGCGCGAGUCCAGCAGAUCCAGGCCACCAUGUAUGCUUUUGCAGCCAUUCUGGACGACAGCUCUGUGGUAACUUGGGGUGAUGCGAGGAAUGGGGGUGACAGCAGCCAGGUGCGAAGGCAGUUGGUGCGAGUCCGCCAGAUCCAAGCAGCUUGCAAGGCUUUUGCUGCCGUGCUGGAUGACGGCUCAGUGGUGACUUGGGGCGAUCCGGACAGAGGCGGUGACAGCAGCCAGGUGCAAGACAAGUUGGUGCAAGUCCAGCAGAUCCAAGCAACUCAGACUGCUUUUGCUGCCAUUCUAAAGGAUGGCUCUGUGGUUACUUGGGGGCAUCCUCACCACGGUGGUGACAGCAGCCAGGUUCAAGAGCAGUUGGUGGGCGUUAAGCAGAUCCAGGCAACUGCGGGAGCUUUUGCUGCUAUUCUUGGCAAUGGCUCUGUGGUGUCUUGGGGCGCUGAUCAUUGUGGCGGUGGCGCCAGUCAGGUAAAAGCGCAGCUGGUCCGAGUCCAGCACAUGCAAGCAACCACUUUUGCUUUUGCAGCCAUUCUGGACAACGGCUGUGUGGUGACUUGGGGUGACUCUGCUGCUGGCGGUGACAGCAGCGAUGUGGAAGAGCAGUUGGUGCGGGUCCAGCUGAUCCAAGCAACUUCCAGAGCUUUUGCUGCAAUUCUUGACGACGGCUCAGCGGUGACUUGGGGCGAUGAGUACUUUGGCGGUGACAGCAGCCAGGUACAAGAUCAGUUGGUUCGGGUCCAGCAGAUCCAAGCAACUCAGACUGCCUUUGCUGCCAUUUUGGAGGACGGCUCUGUGGUGACUUGGGGCAAUCCUGAACAUGGAGGGGACAGCAGCCAGGUGCGAGAGCAGUUGGUGGGUGUCAAGCAAAUCCAGGCAGCCAGUCGUGCUUUCGUUGCUAUCCUGGGCAAUGACUCUGUGGUGAGUUGGGGUGCUGGCAGUGAAACCACGCAGGUGCCAGAAGAGUUUGCAGCAGACCAUCAGAUCCUCGCAAUUAUUUGA